AUUAAUUUCUGGAUAAUUUAAAUAAAAAAUAAUUGAUUUAAAAGUUAAAUCAUUUUUUGUACCUAAUUGGAAGUCGACGCGUGGGAAUGAAAUGCAAGUUGAUAGCCUAACGAAGGUGAUGCCCCCUCAAAAACUACCAAAGGUAGAUGUUGAGAAUAUGGAAGUGAAAAGGUUGGACUCCAUGUUUCCAAAGUAGUAAUCUUUGACUAUUGAGAACUUGAAGUAGAAAUUUGAGUUCGACUUUUAUUUAUGAGAUUCACAAUGCCAGUUCCUUUAGCUCCAUAUCCAACUCCUCAUGUACCCUUUACACCACCUGCAACUGGUUCUGAAAGUCAACUUGUGUGUUCUGGAUGUCGAAAUCUUUUGCUUUAUCCAAUCGGAGCAACUUCGGUUUGUUGUGCUGUUUGCAAUUCUGUCACUGCUGUUCCUCUUCCUGGUACCGAAAUGGCACAAUUGGUAUGCGGAGGUUGCCACACUUUACUCAUGUACAUUCGUGGGGCCGCAAGUGUACAAUGUUCGUGUUGUCACACCAUUAAUUUGGCGUUAGAAGGAAAUCAAGUAGCACAUGUCAAUUGCGGGAAUUGUAAGAUGCUAUUGAUGUACCCGUAUGGUGCACGAUCCGUGAAAUGUGCGGUUUGCCAAUUCAUUACAUCUAUUGGGGCUUCAACAAGCACUGUAGAUCAGAAGCUCGUCACCUAAAACUUUGCUAUGACGUUACACCUAUAGAGUUACAAAAUUUCUCGUACGAGAGAUUAACGUUAUUAUUAAUAACCGUUGUUUUAUUGUUAAUGUUUAAUAAAUUAACUUGAAAGCAUUUGUAUAUAUAUCUAAAUGUAUAUUGAUUCCAAACCACAAAUAAAAUGGUAAGAAGAUGGAUUGGGUGA